CUUGCGCUAUGGCCGCGCCCUUUUCGGCAUCACCAUGACGAGGCACCAAUGUCCGACAUGCAAUUGUCAUGAGGCCCGGCAAGGGUUGCGAAGAAUGUCGCACGCGCCACAUCAAAUGCGUCGUCGAGAAGGGCAGUGAGUCGUGCACGCGCUGCCUCGAAUCCGAUCGGGCGUGCCAUUUCGGGCCCAAGUACCGCUUUAAGCAGGUCGCUCAUGUCGAUUCUGGCUUCAAUGGCGUACGUGCGAGGCAGGAACUGAACUUUGGUGAGGAGCAGGUUUGGGUGAAUACUAGGAAGAGAUUGAGCUUCAUUCUCGAGGAUGGGAACGGCCUGGAAUAUGGCGUACCAGAUGGCGAGAGUGCAAAGAGUGCUACAUCAGCAGUACAUGUGCCAUCGCCUGUUGUAGGGGAAUCGCCAGGACGCGCAGUGCCCAUUACAGGAUUGCUCAUAUCCGAGGACAGCUCUGCUCCAGCUCAAAAUGGCCAAACAAAUCUAUAUGGCUUGGCUUCACAAGCAGAAGGAGAUGCCCGCAGCAGCAACCAAGAAGCUCGCCCAAAUACUGCGCCGCUUUCGAUGACAUGGGAUCAUCUCCAGGACUUUUCAAGCUACCGCGAUAGCGGCACGCCACGAUCUGCCACAGCUGCGACAUACCCUCUGGAUUUCUCCUCGCCCUCUUCCAUUGCAGAGCUCCAGAGGAGGCACGAAGAUGGCCCAGGUGUCACUCCGACUCCCACAAUCGCGGCUUACCCUGUUGGUAACGCCAGCGGCGCAUCUCCCAUAAGUCUUGCCACACCAGGAACGAUGACACAGCCAAGUCUAUCUCGCCGUGAGGCCUAUUUGGUUCAGCAUUUCAUUAACAAAAUUGGGCCAUGGAUUGAUGUCUGCGAUGCACAGAUGCAUUUCACUCAUGGAUUACCUCGCCAAGCCAUGUCCAGACCCAUGGUGCUGUAUGCGAUACUAGCGCUGGCUUCCCGCCAUCUAGGCAUCAUGUCUGGGCAAAGCGAAGAGCCAGCCGAAGCAGCGUUCUACCACGGACAGUGUCUAAAGUUCGUGAUAGAGCAGCUCCAAGGCCCGGAAGCGUUGUAUGAUGAUAGUCUGCUCGCCAGCGUCGUCUGCCUCCGGAUCUACGAAGAAAUUAACUUCACGAAUGACCAAGCCCACCACUUGGCUGGGACAGACAGGCUGAUGCGUGCAAUUCCUACCUUCGCCAUCUCAGGAGGUCUCGGGGAAGCAGCGUGCUGGCAAUCGCUUAGACAGGACAUUUACGUGUCUAUGACGAGAAGCAAACCACCAAGCUUCAACCUGGAAAACUUUGAACUUUCAUCAGUUUUUACGUUUCGAGAUGACGGCGCGUGCGCGAAUGUCGUUAUUCUGCUUUUCGCAAAGAUCUUGCGAUUGACCUAUACAGAAAGCGAGCAGAACAAUAUCGCAGCUUGGAAACGCAUGGCUCAGGACGUCGAGGCGUGGAACGAUCGACGCCUGAGGCUGUUCCAACCUAUUUACUACGAGGAUCUGGAUGCGUCGCAGAAUCGGCCAUUUCCCAUCAUACAUUGCAUAACACCUCCGCAGGUCGCCGCACUACAGUACUUCAACGCAUGUCAAGUAUUUCUCCGGCUUUUCGGCCCCCAGCUUGAACCAGCCAGUUCUGGCUUCCAUGCAUCAAAACGCAGACGAGCAUUAGAGAGAGAAGUAACCUUCCAUCUCGCAGCCAUAGUCGGUCUAGCCGAACACAACCCUUUCGUGGAGAACGCGCGAUUUACAGCAGCGCACCUCCUUCGAGUCGGGGGAUAUUGCAUUGAAAAUCCAUUGCAACGUACACGUGUGAUACAGUUUUUGGAUCAGGUUGAGGAGUCUAUGGGUUGGAUGACGAGUCAUACCGUGGCGUUGCUGAAGGAGCAGUGGCAGGAUUUGGAUGGGCCGAAGGAUAUGUGAGAUGGCCAGAGGACUGUACAGGAGGAUGUGUAGACGGAAGGUCGCUGGAAAGGAUUUUGUGCAGAAAGCUUUGAUUCUUUGUGUAAACAUGACUUUUGGUGUAGUUCUAUUGGCCUUGCGCAAGUUUUACUUUUCGCCGCCCGUUUUAUGUUCUCCUUCGCUCAUUUUUGGAUCUCCAUUUCAGCUUCUGCUCGUUUCGCUCAGAUGCUGUGUCUUCUCAUCCGUCUUCUGCCCUCCUCGAUCUCGCUCGGUUUCUGUUCGAUCUCCAUCGGGCUU